UUUAAUUAAGCCCUUUAACACAGUCAAAUUUAGUUUGAAAAAAUAAGAGUCAAAUUUACCAAUCGAGCUCCCAAUUCAGAACCACCACUGCCGCUGCCGCUGCCACCACCGCCGCCGACGACCGCCAAUGGCUCCUGUGAGUACCACGGGAGCUAUUGUCGCGGCAGUCUCGAUCGUCGUGGCAUCUCUUUUCGUCUGCAACAUAAAGUCUAAGUCUUCCUCCAAAAGAACCACACUUUCGAAGAAAAAAUCAAGAGAGGGGCUAAUCGGUGCUAUUGGCAACACUCCUCUAAUUCGCAUAAACAGUCUCUCUGAAGCAACUGGCUGCGAAAUACUUGGAAAGUGCGAGUUUUUGAACCCAGGAGGGAGUGUGAAAGAUAGAGUUGCAGUGAAAAUUAUUGAAGAGGCUUUGGAAUCUAGAAAGCUUGGUCCUGGUGGGGUAGUAACUGAGGGGAGUGCUGGAAGCACUGCCAUUAGUCUUGCCACUGUUGCUCCUGCUUAUGGUUGUAAAUGCCAUGUGGUUAUUCCAGAUGAUGCUGCUAUUGAGAAGUCUCAAAUUAUUGAAGCAUUGGGAGCCACUGUGGAAAGAGUAAGGCCAGUGUCAAUUACUCACCGAGACCACUAUGUUAAUAUUGCAAGGCGACGAGCUUCAGAAGCAAAUGAACUGGCAUUGAAGCUUUUUACAAAAUCUGAAGAAAUUAAUGGUUGCCAAACUGAUGGAGAGGAAAAGAGUUCGUGUCUAUCUAUGAAUUCUAAAGGAGGUUUCUUUGCCGAUCAAUUUGAAAACCUGGCAAACUUUCGUGCUCACUACGAAGGUACUGGACCUGAAAUUUGGGAGCAGACAGAAGGAAACUUAGACGCGUUUGUGGCUGCAGCUGGAACGGGUGGCACUUUGGCCGGAGUUUCCAAGUUUCUUCAGGAGAAGAAUCCAAAUGUGAAGUGCUUUCUCGUAGAUCCUCCUGGUUCUGGUUUGUUCAACAAGGUGACUAGGGGAGUGAUGUAUACUAAAGAGGAGGCUGAAGGAAGAAGGCUAAAGAAUCCGUUCGAUACAAUAACAGAAGGCAUUGGAAUCAAUAGAAUUACACAGAAUUUUAUGAUGGCGAAACUUGAUGGGGCUUUUCGCGGCACGGAUAUGGAAGCUGUUGAGAUGUCACGGUUCCUCUUAAAGAAUGAUGGGCUCUUUCUGGGGAGUUCUUCGGCCAUGAACUGCGUUGGAGCUGUUAAAGUGGCCCGGUCUAUUGGUCCUGGUCACACCAUUGUAACCAUAUUAUGUGACAGUGGGAUGAGACAUUUGAGCAAGUUUUACAGUGCUGAAUAUUUGUCUCAGUUUGGUUUGACACCAAAGGCAAGUGGAUUAGAGUUCAUGGGCAUCAAAUAAGAUCAGAACCGUUUCCUUUUGACACCUUUUGCCUCACAUUCAAGCAAAUCCCAAAAUUUUGCCCUUGUAAUAUUUGAGAGAGAGAGAGAGAGAGAUUUGAGCUCUGUAAUUAAUUUUACAGUUCAAAGUUAUAAUUUUUAGAUUCUUUAGUUACAUACUGAAAGUACUGAAUUUAGUAUUUCAUUACUUAA